GUUUAAACGACAAGUUGUUCCACCGGAGGAGUGAGCAAUCGGCUCUAAUUUUUCUUGAUUUAGCUCGAUGUUCGCCAGAAAAUUUCUGCAGAAAUCCUCCGGCGGUCAGAAUCCUCCUCCUCCUAUAGCUCCUCCGCCUCGGGGAUGUUUGCUAGCAGAAGACUUGGAUCCCCAUUUAGUCACCCACUUUGGGAUACCUUCGACGGCAUCUCUUCUUGCCUUUGACCCUAUUCAAUGCCUCUUGGCUGUGGGAACACUAGAUGGAAGAAUAAAAGUUAUUGGUGGCGAUAACAUCGAGGCGAUUCUUGCAUCUCCUAAGCAGUUACCUUUCAAAAACUUAGAGUUCAUGCAGAACCAAGGCUUUCUGGUUAGCAUCUCAAAUGAAAACGAGAUUCAGGUUUGGGACUUGGAUCUUAGGCAACCAGCAUCAAGCUUAAAGUGGGAGUCAAACAUUACUGCGUUUGCAAUCCUUCAUGGCACUGGUUACAUGUAUGUUGGUGAUGAGUACGGUAUGGUGUCUGUUCUAAACUACAGUGCUGAUGAAGGGAAAUUACUGCAGCUUCCUUAUUAUGUUCCAACUGAUGCUUUAGCUGAAGCAGCAGGGCUUUCAUCUCCUAUUGAUUAUCCGGUUGUUGGACUUCUUUCUCAGCCUUGUUCAAAGGGAACUAGAUUGUUGAUUGCAUUUUCAAAUGGAUUACUUUUUCUUUGGGAUGCAUCAGAAGAUCAUGUCGUUUUAGUUCGGGGGAACAAAGAUCUACCUGUGGAGGGUAGCACAGUUGCUGAUUCUCUGGAAGCCUCACAUGAUGAGCUUUCUGAUCUUGAACUCGAUGGAAAAGAGAUAAGUUCUUUGUGUUGGGCAUCAACUGAUGGUUCAGUUCUUGCUGCUGGCUAUGUGGAUGGGGAUAUAUUAUUUUGGGACUUUUCUGAUGGGCAAAAGGGGAAGCCAUCUAAUCACGUUGUUAAGUUACAGUUGUCUUCGGCUGAGAAAAGACUUCCUGUCAUUGUUAUGCAUUGGUGUUUGGAUGUAUCUCGCAAGAGUAGUGGUGGAAAACUCUUCAUCUAUGGUGGUGAUAUCAUUGGAUCUGACGAAGUACUUACGAUGUUAGGUCUUGAUUGGUCUUCUGGUAUGGGAGGUCUGAAAUGUGUUGGCCGUGCUGACCUGACCCUUAGCGGUUCAUUUGCUGAUAUGGUCUUGUCUCCAAUUGCCAGUUCAAGGCAAAGUGGGAUGUUUUUAUUUCUGUUGACAAAUCCAGGGCAACUGCAAGCAUAUGACGAUGCCUCUCUGGCUUCUCUGAUGUCUCAGAAAGAGAAUAAGAUUUCUGUUUCUCCACUGCCAUAUCCAAUGGUUGUACCAACGAUGGAUCCACAUAUGACAGUAGCAACGUUUGCUGCAUUAAAUGUGAAUGAUAAAACGUCAUUAGCUCUUUCUGAGAUAGUCUUAGCUGCAAAAGCUCGAACCCCACGUACUCCAUCUGGAGAAAGUGCACAAUGGCCUCUGACAGGUGGUGUUCCAAGCCACCUUGAUGACUACAAGCUUGAAAGACUUUACAUGGCAGGAUAUCAAGAUGGGUCUAUGCGAAUAUGGGAUGCAACCUAUCCAUGUCUGUCUCUUAUUUAUAUUUUGGAGCCAAAGGCAAGUGUUAUUGACAUAACUGGAGUAGAUGCAUCAGUAACGGCAUUUUGCUUCUGCUCUAAGACUUCUUGUUUGGCUGUUGGUAACGAAUUUGGUAUGGUUCGCCUAUUCAAGCUGGUCGGCCAUGCAAGUGGAGGAACCUUGGAAGUUGUUACCAACACUGAGAAGAAAGCUCACCAUUUGCAUCAAGAAGAUGGUCCUCAAUGGUUGGCUGCGUUUUCAUUCCUGAGUUCCCCAGUAUGCACCCUGCAAUUUGUACAGUCUACAAGAAGGCUUGCCGUGGGAUUUAAAUGUGGCAAGGUUGCAAUGCUUGACACUGGUGUGCCAUCAGUAUUAUUCGUUACAGAUAGCUUAUCUGACUCCGGUUCUCCGAUCAAGUCACUCUAUGUGCAAUCCUCUUCAGCUCCAACAGCCUCAAAAAGUGAUCCAACUGAUCACAACUCCAUAAAUUCUGAAGAUGAUUUAAUCUUGUGUGCAAUGACCAAAGAUGGACAAACCAUUAUUUUGGAUGGCAAUACUGGGAAAAUACUCGCCUCAUGCUUGAGAUCUCUAAAGAACCCAACUGCGAUUUGUAUGCACAUUAUAGAGAACUGCUAUGAAAACUCUGAAACGCCCAAUGGAAAACCAGCUGGAAAUCCAUCUGGGAAGGAGACUCAUAUAAUCAAUGCUAGUGAGAGUCAUUCACCAUCUGAACAGAAUGCUGUCACAGAAACAAAACUUGCUGAUCAGAUGUUUGCAAACUCAGUAUUUCUCAUGUGUUCUGAGGAUGCACUGCGCUUGUAUUCUUUAAAGUCUUUAUCUCAGGGAAGUCUUGAGAGCAUGAUGGAGGUAAAUCUUCCAAGGCCGUGUUGCUGGAUGGGAAUCCUAAAAAAAGAUGGAAGGGAAUGUGCAGUACUCCUGCUUUACCGAACAGGGCAUAUUGAAAUAAGAUCUUUCCCGAAUCUUGAAGCUGUGGGAGAGAGCUCUUUGCUGUCACUUCUUAGGUGGAACUUCAAGCCUAACAUGGAGAAGACAGUAUGUUCGGAUGAUUUCGGCCAUGUUGUCCUGGUAAAUGGUUGUGAAGUUGCCAUCCUUUCGUUUUUGGCCCACGCAAACGGCUUCAGGCUCCCAGAGUCUUUACCUUUGCUUCAUGACAAAGUCCUUGCAGCAGCUGCUGACGCUACCUUUAGCCAUAUCUCUGCUCAUAAGAAAAAUCAUGAUGGCGCUCCCAAAUUCCUAAGUAACAUUAUCAAAGGCUUCAGAUCAAGCACUGAACAGAAGAUGGACCAAGUACAAGAUUUCUCCCACCUGGGGAACAUCUUUUCUAAUCCACCAUACUUAAAACCUUCUGAUAUUGGUGGCGACGACGAAAAGAUUGUCGAGCUAAACAUAGAUGACAUCGAGAUAGAUGAACCUGUGAUCAUCUUGCCUUUGACAGAGAAAGACAAAAAAGAAAAGAAAGAUAAGAGAACGGAUAAGGAAAAGCUGUUUGACGGUGCAUCCAGCGAUGCACAACCCAAAACGAGAACAGUGGAAGAAAUUAAGUCCAAAUACAGAAAAGCAGGGGAAACCUCAGCAAUAGCUUCACAAGCGAAGGACAAACUUCUUGAGCGGGGAGAAAAACUCGAGAGAAUCAGCCAACGCACAGCUGAGCUUCAAGACAAUGCUGAGAACUUUGCAUCCAUGGCACAUGAACUUGCUAAGCAAAUGGAGAAGCGAAAAUGGUGGAACAUAUGAUAAAGUUGCAGUCAUUGUGGGUUCUUCCGUAUAUAAAUUAAUUUAUCUUUU